UAGAUUGUAAAAUCAAAAGAAUUGACACACGGCACAUGAACCUUGAUGGAUAAUGAUGAUGAAAUCGCUGUUGUUGGCAUUGGAUGCCAUUUUCCUGGAGGUGAGGGACUUGAAAACUUCUGGAGGGUCCUUCUUCAUGGAGAGAACUGUGCAGUUCAGAUACCAAAUGACAGGUUUAAUCUCUCUCAAUGGUACGAUCCAGAUGAGAGUAAACCAGGAAAGACGCACACAGCAAAGGCAGCCCUUAUUGAUGGCUUGAAUGAGUUUGACCACAAGUUCUUUGGCAUCACUAAUGCUGAAACAAUGACCUUGGACCCUCAGCACAAAGUUCUGUUGGAGUGCACCUACAGGGCCCUAGAGGAUGCUGGGAUACCAAUGGAAAAGGCCAGUGGAACGCGUACAGGAGUUUUUCUGGGUAAUGAGCAAAUGAGGUGGCUACAGCUAAGGGCUAGAGAUUGUGAUAUGGCCUUGUGUGGCGGUGUAACCUGUAUUUUGGAGCCAACCAUUUUUGUGGCUCUCUCCAAGGCAAGAAUGAUCUCCUCUGAUGGAAUGAGUAAACCAUUCUUCAGCAAAGCAGAUGGAUAUGGCAGAGGCUUUCGAAGACCAUGA